CCUUCCACGAUUUCUGGCCGAUAGCUGGGCAGGAUGUAAAAAACACAUAGGCCUACGUGAUUUGGCAUUCACCAAUCAGUCGGUGCCUGUGUAAGGGUAUUUAAGUAACUUCUGUGAAUCUCUGCCCCAAGUAGGAGUCACGGUGCCCAGUCAGGGAGGUACUCUGACGUGAAGAAGACGCCCAGGAAAAUGUCUAUCUGAGCACAGCCCAACCCGCCCCCCCGCGUCUUUUGCAGUGGCCAUUCUCCAAAGUUGGCGGGCCAGAGCUAUGUCGGAUUUCGGGGCUCGGAGAUGGACCCCAGCACGAUCCCUCCCGCCAUUGCUUCUGUGUGCUCUCGUUCAGCCUACAGCCACCUUCAAAGAAUCAGAGAAGAUGUCCUUUCUGAAUGGGACUCAGGAAGAUGAUAUCCUGUUGCAUCUAGAUUUAAACAUUGGAAAGAACACCCAGUUGAUUGAACGGAAUUUUCAAUCUAAGAAUCUCCGUCUACUCACCAUAUACCCAGGAGAAAGCAGGCCACGAUGGAUCAUUCCCCGGAAAGAAUACAAGGAGAGGUUGUCUGUCCCUGAUGGGAAGUCUCUGAGGAUCAUGAAUCUGAUCUCUGAAGAUAGUGGAUGUUAUGAAGCUCACAUUAAAUCAGUCUCAGGAGAGAUAUAUAUUGAGAAGUUCAAUUUAACUGUCUUUGGCACUAAAACUACAGAGCCUAACAUGAAUGCACGGAUUCGGUGGUGGUCCUUGGUUGUCAGCCUGGUCUCAGUGUUGGUGAUCAUGCUCUUGGUGGGAGUUUGGUUUUCUCGACCUAAAAGAGACACAAGAGAAAACAUGCAACCAACAAUGGAUCAUGGGGAUGAGAGAAGACUAGAGGAGGGACUGACAUCUUGCCCAAAUGGUUUACAGACUGAAGACACCUAUGAAGACCUGCCAACCAUAUCUACACAAGAGAAUGGACUACUUAUGCUGAGCAGAAUCUGCAUGCCACAAGAGCACAGCUGACAGCAGCACAGAUUGGAGCAGCCCGACAACAUUAACAAAGAUAUUGUCCACCCUAACGUAUUGGAGCCCUGAGCUGAUUUAUCCAGAUCUGUGCCCUGGGCACAGAUGUCCUUUAUGUGUAUGUUUGUCCACAAGUGUGGCCUACAUGUGUCCAUGCUUCCCUUUGAUGCUAUAUAUUGGGGACAAACCCUGCCUUAUUUUUAUUGGGGAGACAUAUCAUUCCUUCUGUCUUUACUGGCCUCUUAUUAAGUGCCAUUCUGCCCAAUAUCUUCAUUCCCCCUUCUCUUACUAGAACUCCAUUCCCUUAAUGAUGGUGUCUGAUAAGUGAUCGGUCACCUUUUCUUGCUCAGAACUAGGGCUCUAUGCCAUUUCCUUGUCAUCUCCACACUAGGCCACAGAGCACAUUAUCUAUCCCAUUCCAAUUCCCCUUCCUGUGUUAUCUUUUGCUAUUCAACGUAACCUCCCUGAUGGCACAAUGAAUACUGAGGUUGACAUGGACUCAGGAUAAAUCUUGCCAUAGACACAUAGUAGCUGUGUGACACUGGACAAAUUACUUUGCCUUAGUUUCCUUAUCUGUAAAAUGGGGAUAAUAAUGGCACCUACCUUCCAGAGUAGGAGAAAAUGAGAUAAUUUUUGCAAAGCACUUUUCAAAUCUCAAAGCACUAUGUAAAUGCUACCUAUUGUUAUUGUUAUUAUUAUUGAUAUUGUUAUCGUUGUUAUUGUUAGUAUUGUUAGUAUUAGUAUUAUUACCAUCAUCAUCUCUGGUACUUUAUAUCGUGCUUAGAACAAAAUGAGCUACUUGAGGGGCAGCUAGGUGGCGCAGUGGAUAAAGCGCCAGCCCUGGAUUCAGGAGGACCUGAGUUCAAAUCCAGCUGCAGACACUUGACACUUACUAGCUGUGUGACCCUGGGCAAGUCACUUAACCCUCAUUGCACCCCCCCCCAAAAGAGUACUUGAUCAAUUCUGUAUCUAUCACUUUCACUAAGUGCCUUUGCUAGUGAUAUGAGCAGAACCAGAAGACCACUGUAUACAGUAACAGCAAUAUUGUGUGAUGAUCAACUGUGAAUGACUUAGCUAUUUUCAGCAAUACAAUGAUUCAAAACAAUUCUGAAGGACUUAUGACAAAAAAUGCUAUCCACUGUCAGAAAAAGAACUUAUGAAGUCUGAACACAGAUAAGCAUACUUUUUCUUUAUUUUUCUUGGAGGUGUUUUUGUCUGUUUUCUUUCACAACAUAACUAACAUAUUAUGAAGAUGCUAUCUGUCUCCAAAGGAAGAACUGAGAAAUAGAA